AUGUUAUUGGUCGUGUCUCUACCUAAACUGCCUACCGGUUGGUCGAUACGACUUCUCACUGGGUGGUAUUGGUUGUACUGUAUUCUCCUAGUGGUGUCUUACAGAGCGAGCAUGACGGCAAUCCUUGCGAAUCCCGCUCCAAGGGUCACAAUAGACACAUUAAAAGAACUCAUUGAAAGCAAAAUUACCUGCGGCGGUUGGGGUACGGAAACAAAGAGUUUUUUCGAGGAAUCUUCGGAUGAAAUACAGACGAUAGGCAGAAAAUUCGAAACCAUAAACGAUCCUUUCGAAGCGGCGAACAAAGUCGCCAAAGGUGUUUACGCAUAUUAUGAUAAUCAUGAUUUUUUGAAAUACAUAGCAGUGAAACGAAAACACAAUAAUAUAACAUUUGAUAUAGAAAAAGCGAAUUACACGAUAAAUACUACUGAAGUCGCAGUGAAUAUCGACGGAGAGAGAAAUUUGCAUAUAAUGUCAGACUGUAUUGUAAACACACCCAUUUCUGUAGGUUUCCAUAAGAACUCCCCUUUGAAACCAUUAGCCGAUUUUUAUUUGAGACGCAUAGUAGAAGUGGGUCUGGUUGAAAAAUGGCUUAAUGAUGCAAUGCAUCCCAUAAGGUCUCUAGAGAUAACUGAAGAAUCAAUUAAAGCAUUGAUGAAUUUGAAAAAGCUCUAUGGUGCUUUCAUAGCUUUGGCCAUAGGUUAUUUAUUGAGUUGGAUUUGUCUUUUAGGAGAACUUAUACAUUGGCAUUUGAUAGUGAAAAAAGACCCCAAAUUUGAUAAAUAUGCACUAGAUAUUUACUAUAUGAACAAAAAUAAAAAACUUUAA